AUGGGUGCCUACUCGAAAGCGCUUGAAUUUUACGAACAAUCAUAUCAAAUAAGAGAAAAAUCUCUCCCUCAGAAUCAUCCCGAUUUGGCUCAGUCCUACAACAAUAUCGGUCAAGUGUAUCACGCCAUAGGUGACUACUCGAAAGCACUUGAAUUUUACGAAAAAUCACUUAAAAUAAGAGAAAAAGCUCUGCCUCCAAAUCAUCCCGAUUUGGCUAUUUCUUACAACAACAUCGGUCAAGUGUAUAGCAACAUGGGCGACCACUUGAAAGUACUUGAAUUUCACGACAAAGCACUUAAAAUAAGAGAAAAAGCUCUGCCUCCGAAUCAUCCCAAUUUCGCUAGUUCCUACAGCAACAUCGGUAUAGUGCAUAAUACCAUGGGUGAAUACUCGAAAGCACUUGAAUUUUACGAAAAAUCGCAUCAAAUAAUAGAAAAGGCUCUGCCGCAGAACCAUCCUGCUUUGGCUACUUCUUACAACAACAUCGGUGCAGUCUAUAACGACAUGGGUGACUACUCAAAAGCACUUGCAUUUUACGAAAAAUCACAUAAAAUCUACGAAAAAGCUCUGCCUCCAAAUCAUCCCAAUUUGGCUAUGUCUUACAACAACAUCGGUCUAGUGUAUAACAACAUGGGUGACUACUUGAAAGCACUUGAAUUUUACGACAAAUCACAUCAAAUCUACGAUAAAGCUCUGCCUCCAAAUCAUCCCAAUUUGGCUCUGUCCUACAACAACAUCGGUGCAGUGUAUAACGCCAUGGGUGACUACUCGAAAGCACUUGCAUUUUACGACAAAGCACAACAAAUAAGAGAAAAAGCUCUGCCUCAGAAUCAUCCUGAUUUGGCUACUUCCUACAACAACAUCGGUCAAGUGCAUAACAACAUCGGCGAGUACUCGAAAGCACUAGAAUUUUACGAAAAAUCACAUGCGGUAAGAGAAAAAGCUCUCGCUCCGAAUCAUACCGAUUUGGCUACUUCUCACAACAACAUCGGUGCAGUGUAUAACGACAUGGGUGACUACUCAAAAGCACUAGAGUUUUACGAAAAAUCAAAUAAAAUCUAUGAAAAAGCUCUGCCUCCGAAUCAUCCGAGUUUGGCUCUCUCCUACAACAACAUCGGUCAAGUAUAUAACAACAUGGGUGACUAUUCCAAAGCACUUGAAUUUUACGAAAAAUCACAUGAAAUAAUAGAAAAAGCUCUGCCUCAGAAUCAUCCCGAUUUGGCUAUUUCCUACAACAACAUCGGUGCAGUGUAUAAGGACAUGGGUGACUACUCGAAAGCGCUUGAAUUUUACGAAAAAUCACUUAAAAUAAGACAAAAAGCUCUUCCUUCGAAUCAUCCCCAUUUGGCUACUUCCUACAACAACAUCGGUGGAGUGUAUAAGCACAUGGGUGACUACUCAAAAGCACUUGAAUUUUACGAAAACUCACAUAAAAUAAAAGAAAAAGCUCUGCCUCCAAAUCAUCCCGAUUUGGCUACUUCUUACAACAACAUCGGUGCAGUUUAUAACAAAAUGGCUGACUACUACAAGGCAAUUGAAUUUUACGAAAAAUCACUUAAAAUAAGACAAAAAGCUCUUCCUUCGAAUCAUCCCAAUUUGGCUACUUCUUACAACAACAUUGGUGGAGUGUAUAACGACAUGGGUGACUACUCGAAAGCACUUGAAUUUUACGAAAAAUCGCAUCAAAUAAAAGAAACAGCUCUUCCUCGGAAUCAUCCCGAUUUGGCUACUUCCUACAACAACAUCGGUGGAGUGUGUAAGGACAUGGGUGACUACUCGAAAGCACUUGAAUUUUACGAAAAAUCGCAGCAAAUAAAAGAAAUAGCUCUUCCUCGGAAUCAUCCCGAUUUGGCUACUUCCUACAACAACAUCGGUGGAGUGUGUAACGACAUGGGUGACUACUCGAAAGCACUUGAAUUUUACGAAAAAUCACUUAAAAUAAGACAAAAAGCUCUUCCUUCGAAUCAUCCCGAUUUGGGUACUUCCUACAACAACAUCGGUGGAGUGUAUAAGGACAUGGGUGACUACUCGAAAGCACUUGAAUUUCACGAAAAAUCAUAUAAAAUAAGACAAAAAGCUCUGCCUCAGAAUCAUCCCGAUUUGGCUUCUUCCUACAACAACAUCGGUGGAGUGUAUAAGGACAUGGGUGACUAUUCCAAAGCACUUGAAUUUUACGAAAAAUCGCAUAAAAUCUACGAAAAAGCUCUUCCUCUGAAUCAUCCCGAUUUGGCUACGUCCUACAAUAAUAUCGGUCAAGUGUAUAACAACAUGGGUGACUUCUCCAAAGCACUUGAAUUUCACGAAAAAUCACAUAAAAUCUACGAAAAAGCUCUACCUCUGAAUCAUCCCAAUUUGGCUACUUCUCACAACAACAUCGGUGCAGUGUAUAACGCCAUGGGUGACUACUCGAAAGCACUUGAAUUUUGCGAAAAAUCACAUAAAAUAAAAGAAAAAGCUCUGCCUUCAAAUCAUCCCGAUUUGGCUACGUCCUACAACAACAUCGGUGGAGUGUAUAACGCCAUGGGUGACUACUCGAAAGCACUUGCAUUUUACGAAAAAUCGCAUCAUAUAAACGAAAAGGCUCUGCCACAGAACCAUCCUGCUUUGGCUACUUCCUACAACAACAUCGGUGCAGUCUAUAACGACAUGGGUGACUACUCGAAAGCACUUGAAUUUUACGAAAAAUCACAUAAAAUAAACGAAAAGGCUCUGCCACCGAAUCAUCCGGAUUUGGCUCUGUCCUACAACAACAUCGGUGGAGUGUAUGACGACAUGAGUGAAUACUCGAAAGCACUUGAAUUUUACGAAAAAUCACAUAAAAUCUACGAAAAAGCUCUGCCUCGAAAUCAUCCAGAUUUGGGUACUUCCUACAACAACAUCGGUGGAGUGUAUUACCACAUGGGUAACUACUCGAAAGCACUUGAAUUUUACGAAAAAGCACAUCAAAUAAGAGAAAAGGCUCUGCCUCCGAAUCAUCCCGGUUUGGCCCUGUCCUACAACAACAUCGGUGGAGUGCAUAACAGCAUGGGUAACUAUUCGAAAGCAGUUGAAUUUUACGAAAAAUCACGUAAAAUAAAAGAAAAAGCUCUGCCUCCAAAUCAUCCCAAUUUGGCUAUUUCCUACAACAACAUCGGUGAAGUGUAUCACACCAUGGGUGACUAUUUGAAAGCAGCUGAAUUUCACGAAAAAUCACAUAAAAUAAGAGAAAAAGCUCUCCCCCCGAAUCAUCCUGAUUUGGCUCAAUCCUACAACAACAUCGGUGCAGUGUAUAAGUGCAUGGGUGACUACUCGAAAGCACUUGAAUUUUACGAAAAAUCACAUCAAAUCUAUGAAAAAGCUCUGCCUCCAAAUCAUCCCAAUUUGGCUACUUCCUACAACAACAUCGGUGGUGUGUAUAACGACAUGGGUGACUACUCGAAAGCACUUGAAUUUUACGAAAAAUCACUUAAAAUAAGAGAAAAAGCUCUGGCUUCGAAUCAUCCUGAUUUGGCUGCGUCCUACAACAACAUCGGCCAAGUGCAUAACAACAUGGGCGAUUACUCGAAAGGAGUUGAAUUUUACGAAAAAUCACAUAAAAUCCUCGAAAAAGCUCUGCCUCCAAACCAUCCACGUUUGGCUACUUCCUACAAUAACAUGGGUACAGCGUAUCACCACAUGGGUAACUACUCGAAAGCACUUGAAUUGUAUGAAGAAGAUCUCGAAAUCACGAGAAAAGCUCUACCUCCGAAUCAUCCAGGUUUGGCUAUUUCCUACAAUAACAUUGAUCUCGUGUAUAACCACAUGGGAGACUACUCGAAAGCACUUGAAUUUCACGAAAAAUCACAUCAAAUAAGAGAAAAAGCUCUCCCUUCGAAUCAUCCGGAUUUGGCUCAAUCCUACAACAAUAUCGGUCAAGUAUAUCAUGACAUAGGUGGCUACUCGAAAGCACUUGUAUUUUUCGAAAAAUCACAUCAAAUCUUCGAAAAUGCUCUGCCUGCGAAUCACCCUGAUCUGGCUUUGCCAUACAACUGGUUCGGAAAAAUUUAUCGCAGCAUGAAAAAUUAUCCAAAAGCACUUGAGAAUUUCGAAAAAUGUCUCGGAAUAUGGAAAAAAGCCUUACCUGACAAUCAUCCGGAUGUGGCUUUUGCAUUUAGUAAUGUUGGUGAUGUUCAUCGAUUAAUAAGUAAUUAUGAAACGGCACUUGCAUUUCAUCAAAAAGCAUUAUGUAUACAAGAAAAUGUUCAAUGUAAUCCUCUGGAAUGUGCAAUGACAUAUAUAAAUUUAGGUGAAACUUAUCGUGAAAUGAAAAAUUAUUCAACGGCAUUGACAUAUUUCGAAGAAGGAUUAGAAAUACGUGAGAAGAAAUUACCAAAAAAUCAUCCUGAUUUAGCUGUUGUAUAUCAUAAUAUGGCAAAAUUAUAUUUGGCUACACAAAAAUAUAGUAUGGCAAUGAGAAAUAUUCAACAAGCAGUUGAAAUAGCUCAAGAAAUAUUACCUUCAACUCAUCCUCAUCUUUUGGAAUAUAAAGAAACUUUUGAACAAAUUCGAAAGGAAAUGUAA